UAACGAGCUUUUGGACACGUAGCAACUUGGGCAUUUGUACCUGGAACACGAUGUGUCGAUUAAUGGCCUAUGUCGGCCAGCCACAGCUGCUGGCCGACAUUGUUUUAUGGCCUGACAGGAGCAUCAUUAAGCAGUCGUAUGACGCCCGUGAACGAAAAAUUGAUCCCACCCUACCGUUCCACCUUGGACAUGGCAACCUCAAUGGCGAUGGCUUUGGCAUCGGCUGGUUCAACCCCGAGGAGCGCCGGGAGCGGGAUCCCACCCCGUGCGUCUUCACCAGCAUCACCCCGGCGUGGAACAACGAGAACCUGUCGCGCCUGGCUUGCAAGAUCGUGUCGCCGCUCGUGUUCGCGCACGUGCGGGCGGCUUACCCGGGCAUGCCGGUCAGCGAGCAGAACUGCCACCCCUUCCAGUUCAGCCGCUACAUGUGGAUGCACAACGGAGUGGUGGCGGGCUUCGCGCAGAUCCGUCGCUCGCUGCUGGAGACGCUGUCGGACUGCGCGUACAACGCGGUGCAGUCGUUCCACUCCGACUCGGCAGUCAGCUUCGCGCUCUUCCUGCACCACCUGCCCGACAUCCGCGCGCAGCUGGCGCCGGACGUGCUCAUCAAGGCCAUGCAGGACACCAUCGCCACCAUCAGCUCCAUCCAGCGCCGCCACGGCAUCACCGCCACCUCGCUGCUCAACUACGUGGUCAGCGACGGCACCACCCUCAUCGCCACGCGCUUCGUGUCGCCCGACUCCGACGGCCCCGCCUCGCUCUACUACGCGGAGGGCGCCAGCUUCGCGCGCACACCCGCGCCCUCGCACGCCACACCCGUGGCUGCAGCCAUGGCCGCCGCCGUCUCCCCCCCGGCGCAACAACAACAGCAACAGCCGGG